CUAUGUGGACACGUGGACCAGUACAUCUGCAAUAUGGAACAGCAUGGAUCAGAUGAAUGACACCUUUCCUCAAGAAAUAACGCAAGCUCCUCCUGAGAACCCAAUGUAUGCAGGUGGAAUAGCCGUGCUGGUCGCCUUUGUGCUUUUCAUGUACUGGGGAUCACUCAACGAAAAGGAUGACACUGAUGACGAGAAAAAGGAAAAGUCGAAGAAGCCGCGUGCAAACUGGUUACAGGGAAAAAUUAUUCAUGGAGAUAAGAAAAGGAAGAGGAAAGACAAACAGAAAGGUGUUUAUAGUGUGAGUGACGCAAUGUCGAAACAUUUGCUCGAAGAUACAGGGCAAGACGAGCCUAUCUAUAAGAAGUGCGACAAGUGUCGAUACCCGGAACACAACAUGCAACUUAAAGCGACAUCUUCCAAUUUCAAUGGGGCACAUAUACCUUGUAGAACCUCUAAAAUGAGCAAUAAAACUGAACGUAGUGCCAGCUGCAACCGAGUUGGACAUCCUUUACUGAAAAGUAUAGAGGAUGAUCGUUCGCCUGUAGGUAUACCUCGAAAAAAGCGCGCCCAUUCGUCACCUGAGAUCGUCGUGAUAAAUUCCGAGCUGAAGAACGACGCAUGCACGUGUGUACGCUCCAUAAAGAAUGGCGAGAAUGGGACAUAUCCUCCUAAAAGAAAGUCCUGGGUUUCACCUUCUUGCGAUGACAACGUAACCCUCGUCAGGUUUUGCGAGCAAAAUUGUGAGAGAACAUCUGAGUUCACAGCCAGGGAUAGUUUGCAUUUUGAAAAAGAGACCAAAGUUAAUCGGUUAGACCUUGACAGGCCUCUUGUAAAAUGCAAGACGGCCACCUCAUGCGGAGUUGGACCGAAGGCCAACGGGAAAGUUCUCCGACAACUGGAUGAUGCCUCUGUCCGUCUCGAGAGCCACCCGAAUGUUGCGAUCGCCAUUUUGGCCGAAUCGGUUAUAUGAAGGAAACCAUCUCGGACUCGACCUGGUUAGCCGUGAUUGAAGUCCUGCUUUGAAGAGGAUCGUUCUUUUUGAUGAAGUUGAACAGCGUUCGAUCGAUGGAGAGCUUGGUAUUUCCUGUUCCAUCUUGCCUUUGCCGUUGGUUGGGCUAGGUUCUCGGUCGGAAGAACCCACGCUCUUGAUGCUUAUGUUGUUUUCUGGAAACGCCCGAAGAUCACGUACGUAAUCUUAAGGGUGUUGUUCAAACCUAUACAUCUUGACAUGUAUGUUACCAGAAAUAAAAAAAAGUAGUAGAGUGAGACGGAAUUUAUUGAAGAAGAAUAACUCGAUUUAGAAAUGUGCCUUAACUGUUCAUAUCAGUAUAAUUAAUUGUAUUUGUUAAAUGUCUAUAGGCAGAUACGCUCAAUCUCGUGUGUAUUAAUUGAUUUCGGAUAUGCCGGAGUGCGUUCCAGACGCUUUAGGCGGUCGAAAAAGAAAAAAAUUGCGGAAGUUAUUGAAUUAUGUGGGUUUGCGGGAAUAAUACGAACUCUUCUUUUAUACAAGAGAAACUUAGCUACAUUUGAGAGUUGGCAUAUUUUUUUUUCUCGCCAAUGUGAUUUAUAUUUGUCAGAAAACAAUUUGCGUGAGAGAUCUACUAAAAACUAUCCUAUGAUUUAUCUUGUAAAGAACCAGCUCAUUUUCCGAGUAAUAUUUGGAACCUAUAUCCCGUAGAUCGUGCUGAUGAUACACGAUAUACAUGCACAUUAAACUGCUUACUGUGAAUAAUAAAACGAUGUAGAGUAUUAAUCUUAACUGGGAAGCCAAACAAAAACGAAUGAAUAAACUCCCUGGAAUAAGCAUAUUCUCCUGCCAAUACGCCUAAUCAUGAAUUCUGUACAUUUUACUUUAUUUUUUCUUUCCUAUGGGUAACACAAUUCAGAAUGGGUCUCUUUUUAAGAAUACAAUCGAAUUACGAAAUUACAACUAAGUGAAAUGUAUGCGACAAAUUGCAAUAAAUCUCCACAAUAAAUGUCAGUUUCAUAUCUUUACAAAAUUAUUUGAACAUGUCUCAAUAAAUGAUGUAUUUUGACAUUUAAAUGUAGAGAUGCUUUCUACCCAUACCACUUGGGAAGGAUAUAGUAUAUCUGUAUGAGUCCUUUUUAGAUUUUUCCUCUGUUUUUUGCUGUAAGAAGAACGUUCUUUUUUUGACACCAUUGACUUUAUCAAAGUGCAAACCAAUUUGUUACAGUCAGGACUAAACUCAAUUAUUUUAAUAUCAAUUUAAAAGUUUGUUUUCAUAUGUAUGGUGUAAAUCCUACUUUUAUGACAAAGGAUGCAUUGAGUUUUUAAUUUCAGUAAAUGUCAUUGCCUGUGUAGACGGGUUGCACGAAUAUAUAACCAAUACUAUUAAUAAUAGUAGCAAAUAUGUAAUUAUGGUAAUAAAACUUGAUGUAAAUAUGGAUAUUUCCUAUGCGCCGGUAAUAAUCACGUAUAGAGGAUGAUAGCGUAGGACAAAAAGGAAGCAGAGGGUCAAACACCUGCCGAAUUAAUUUAAGGACUGAAUUACCUUUAAAAAAAAAUCAGAUAUUUAUAUGUUCAAGUAGAAACCCUCAACCAUUUAAACCCUUGGCUUGACCCAUUGAGCAUGUUGCAAAUUGAGGACUGCAAUUGUAAAAAAUGUCAUGGAAAAACCAUGUAUGCAUAUACUCUAUAACUCAAGACUGCUUGAACUUAUGUCGUAGUGAAUUAAGAGCAAAUUCAUAUUAACGUGCAAGAUUGCCGCUAUGCAAUUUGAUCGGAACACAUACUGCCUGGUGUUUCGGUUUAGUGACCGACAUGGCUGAUGGGGUGUAUAUAUUAUAUGCCUAAAGAAUAUCAUUUUGUUGUCGUUUGGAGAAUAAAUCAAUGGUACCGAUCCUUAUUACCAUAACAGACGCAAUCAGAGAACGGAUAUUACGGAUAUUAUGAUAUAGAGUUACGAUUUAUUGAUUAAAAAAAUUAUUUCAAAUACCCACUCCUCUCUUUGAGAGUAAUGUACAUGUAAUGGCGAUGAUACUAGAAGUAAUGCUACUGAAGCAGAAUAAUUUGCCUAACAUGUCAUGUAAUGUAACCCGACAUUUAAGCAAGUGAGAACAUAUUGGUGAUGUGAAUGUACAUGUAUACAACCAGCUGGCUAGAUUAGUACCGAACAUUAUAUUUUAUGAGUAACAUACUUGAAUUAUCUUGUUGAGCGAUGAAGAAGGUAGAAGGGUGUUACUUCUUGUGAACGAAAUUUUCGGCAUUUCUCCUACGUGUUUGACAUGAUCGCAUGCUCGAUCUGUAAUGAAAAUCAGAA